GGCUGGCGGAGCCCCUGCCCGGCGGCUGGUACCGCUCCGGCCACCUGCCCGCCGCCGUCCUUCGUCCGGGCUCCUUCCCGCUCUUCUUCGUUCUGCCCUCCUGCCGGGAGAGGUGCGGACUGCUCCCCGCAGCCGAAAUGAAUAAAGCUAGCAGCCCUACGUAAUACGCUGAUGGCAUUCUACGCUGCAUCGGGAUCGAUAAGUCAAGAGAGUGUGAUGCCUAGAAAUCUCCUCUCAAAUUCUCCUGAAAUGGCAUCUGAAAUCUCUCCAAAGCACGUGUGUGGGAGCAUGGAGAGGGCUGGCAGUGUGGAGAAUCAUGGCAGCCAAGUUAGGUGCAGAAAUCUUGCCUUGGAUGAUGAGAGUCUGAAAUACUUAACUCACGAAGAGCAGGAUGUCCUCAUGUUCUUUGAGGAAACCAUAGAUGCCUUAGAAGAUGACUUGGAGGAGCCGGUCCUACAUGACAGUGGCAUCCACUGUCAGUCUCCAAGGUCAACAGAAGAAAAUGUAUCCAGUCAUUCAGAGACUGAAGAUAUCAUCGACUUAGUACAGUCAACACCUGAGAGUAGUGACCAUGAAGGCCCUCCUAGCAGAGAUGCAGAACCAGUGUUGGACGCUACCUGGAGAACUGAAAGCCCUAAGCCAGCUGUACCUGCUGACCUUCCCCCACAUCCCCCUGUACCAGCAAUGUCUGAGGCACUUCCUCUUCCUCCUCCACCCCCUCCUCCAGUGCAGCAUCCAAAAUUGUUUCGUUCUGUCCCCACUCCGCUCAUCAUGGCCCAGAAGAUGUCUGAGCAGCAGCCAGAGAGCAGGGUGCGCUUCCCCAGUGCCCUCAAGGAAGGGAAUUCAGACAGGAAGAAAACCCCGGUAGCCAACGGUGAUUAUUUUGUGGGUCCGAAGCACCCUCCCACACCUGCACCCAAACUGCACCGAUUCCCAAGCAACAUCAACAUAACAAAUGUCAGUGGCAAAGAAUUCAAUGAGACUAUUUCAAAAGCAGCAGUUAAUGUCCAGGAGCGGAGAGCUCAGGUGCUGGCCAACAUCAAUGGAGGAGCUUUUCUGGCAGCUGAACUGGAGGAGAAGCUGCAGAAAAGUGAUUUCUUGUCACGUAACAGAAGUUCUUCCUUAAGGGAUCUCUCCUCUGAGCAAACACGAUACGAGGCCCUGACAAAACUUGGCCUUGUUAAGGGAAAACAAGCUCAGGACCAAGUGGACCAUGCCCCAAGCACUCAGCAGCUUGAUGUGCAGCCCAAACAGGCAGAUGCUGUUCCCAAUGGAUAUCAAAACAUCCAUGAGAUUUUAAAAAGCGAGCCCAGCCCUUUCCUUCCUAUGGGCAAAACGGUAACAAUCAAACCAGAGGUAGCUCUUGCUGCUAACAAGGUCAGCAGCACACAGCAGAACACAGCAAAAAAUUGUAAUGAUUAUAAACAACCUAGUCUAAACCUGGAUAUGAGGAGGAGAUCAGGCUCACUGCCUAGGCCUUCAGGAUUUCGAUCCCAAGGGAUAACGGUGAAGUUUGCUGGCCGCGGCUCAACGGAAGAAGCUAGGAGGGAGGCACUUCGGAAACUGGGACUACUGAAAGAGACAGCAUAAUUUGGACAGGAAUGUUGUGGCAACAGGGGGGAAAGUCAUAGCAUGGCUUUGUGCUAGAAUAGUCCCAACUGGAUUGGGAUCAAAGAGAUUGGAAGAAAAAAGGGGAAGUUCUCUGCUUCAGGCAAGCUAAGGAGGUACUAGACACUGUGGAAUGACCGCUCGUGUUUAUCCCAGAAGGACUGGCACCACCACAUACAGUCACGUACAGCAGUGGGUUUCAGCUCUCCUUCCUUCAGAGAUACUCAUCUGUUGCUCUUAGUCAAAGAGGAAUUUUAUUUAAGUAAUGCUGAACUAUAGCAGACAGCAUCUUGUUAAUAAAAUGUACAGUACAGUAUAGUUGUACACAGCAAACUGGAUGGCAAAUCCUCCUUUUGCUCUUUCUGAAGCCAAAACAGAGAGUUCCGUUUGUCUCGCCCACAUGUGUGUCUAUGUUUGUGGGAGCUUGAGAUAAUGUCAAAACUGAAAUUUCUGGCCAGCGUGACACACUUCACUGAAUUUUUGUUGUCUAUAUUAUCUGGCUUGGCUUUGUUCCCUACCAUUGGUGGAGUCGUCUUCUUCCUUGCUCUGUGCCCACUUGACUCAAGACUGUACAGAGGGUAGUUUCAGUUUUGACCUUCUCCUUGACAGUGGCCCAAGCUUCGAGUGGGUGACUGCAUCGCUCUGCUGCUUCACUUGAAGUCUUGCCUUUCUUCCCAGCCACCUGCUUCUUGGUCAUGCUCUAGCAACCUACGUGUCCAGUGAAAGGCACCAGAUAAGCCUCAAGGAUAUGCACCAUGCACCAGUUUUCGCACUGACAGCCAAAGAGUCUCCUGACAAUCUGUGACACCAACUGUUCUGUACCAGUGAUGAUCUUAUAGCAGAGAAGCCAUAGGAACAAGUUAACUUUGUACCAAAUGCGAGAACCUUAUGUCAAAAGUCUUAGCUUUUACAUUAGGGUUCCUGUGAAGAAACUGUUACUUUUGAACAAUAGCUGUACUACACUGAAUAGUUGUAAGUUCUGUUACUUCUAAAAACUGUCACUUGAUCUUCCUGUAGUUUGAUAGCCCUAAUAAUGCUCUGUUCACAGCCUUAUUUGAUUCUGCCCUGCCAAUGCAUAACAGAAGUUACAGCCAAAAUUCUUGCAGGCUAAGUGGAGUUACAGGCGAGAGCUGUAUGUGAGAGCACGUUGCUCCUGAAUGGUCCAAGUUGGCGUUAUUUUGCCUUUGUUCAACAGACAUGCUUUUAAAGAUGGUCCCAAAAUAUAUUUGUGUGUUGGUUUGAUUUUUUUCUUUUAUAUGGCAAAGCUGCUCUUCCACAUUAAAACUCCCUUCCCUUUUUGUACACCUGAAAACAUAAAUAGCCAUUUUAAAAUCAAAUGCCAAACUCCAGACCCUCUAAAUUUCUUGUUGUUAUUCUGCAUGUUUAAGAGUUCUCAGUGUUUUGUGUUUUUCUAAAGGGAAAAACUCACUUAUUCUCUGCACUUUCUAAAGCCUCAAGCAACCCCCUUUUUCCCAAGUAGCUGACUAAUAAACCUUGGAGAAGAGGGGAGCGGCUAUAAUGGAAACUGACACACCCU